CAUUGGACAGUGUAGGGUGAAUCAUAAAAGAAAUGGUGGCCAAUGAAACCUGAACACAGCCAUACACCUGAAAUUUAACAUACCUUUUCGUAUGCCUUUCUUCAUCACUCUGUAAACGUGAUGACGACCAGUUAACCCUUAGUAACGUUGUCAAAUCAAUUGAAUUUUAACGAGUACGUUACACCAAAAAACACAAAAUUCCAAUAUACAGAUCUCAUUCUCAUGAUGAUACUAAAAAAAUCGUUCUUUCUCCUACUUUUCUUUUCAACUAAAAUAUUAGGGAUUAUCAAUCUUUUCAAACUAUUACUGUAUCACCUUCUAUCAAACUUUUUUGUCCCAACACAUGUUUGCCUCUUUUCCAUGGUUCAUGUUUUAAUUAGCUUUUCACGGUAGAUAGAGGCCCUUCUUGUCCAAAAUUUGGUGUCGUUUUUGCUGGCCAUGAGUCUGAAAGACAAAAUCUCUGCUUCCUAACCACAGUACCAUUCUUAUCCUUAGCUUUUAAUCGGUGAAAUUUGUUGCCUUCUUGAAUAGUUUUAUCAUUUGAUUCUUGAUUAUCAUUAAGUCGUUGUCCCAUUAAACAUUUUUGUAUUUAAAUUUCUUAUUAGUGUCGGGCCUAUUGGUGUUUAUUGCAAAGCCCCACUUGGUAAAAGACACAAAGAUUCGAUCUUUUCCACAGAAUUAAAAUAACACUUCAUCUUUGUUUUAGCCGUAUGCUCUAAAAGUCGAGUGAUUUUCUUGAAAAUGUGCAUGAAUCAUAUUGUUGUCCUGUUGAUAUUUUUAUCUGGAACAUUGUUAUCGGGGCCAGAGGCGCUUAUGUUGACUGAAACUAGUUCUGCAGUUGAAAUGCCGGUUUUAUGUGUGAGAUGAAGUGGGCCCGCUACCAUUUUUUACGAGCUUGAACUGUUGAGCAUAAAUGUGUGCAUCGGUUUUGGGAGAUCACAUGUUAUUCGCACAACUUAAUUACUUUAUAUUGCCUUCUAUAUAAACUUUUAUUAAUUGUAAUUUCCAGUAAGUCAGCUCUUUGACGCAUGUUCUGAGUCGGGCUCGGGCUAUUAGUUGAGUUGCUGUUGCUCUAGGCACAUCUCUUUCAUUUUAGCCGUCGGCAAAUCGGUUUCGGCGAAAAGAAAAAGAAAAAAUCGAGGGGCUAAUAUCAUGGAUAGCUUGGAUACUGAGAAGGUAAAGAAGAUCAUUUGGAAAAAACGUAAAACUGAGUUAGACACGAAAGCUGAUAGCGCCAACUCUUCAGUAACAUGCAAAGAAAGGGAUGAAAAAAGGCAGUGCUGUGAUUCUACACAAGUUUCUUCAAUCCUAAUGCACAGUAAUUUGGCUCAACCGUUUGUAUUGCCCGUUUUACCCACUCAAAAGGUCGACAAAUGUUGCUCGAAUAUUUCGACUGUUUUUACGGGGACAGCUUGUAGAGGUUCAGGGCCGCCUGUGGGGACAGUGGACAUUGGUAUUGGCAAAUUUUCCUAUUACUUCUGCAUUGCUUUACCUGGAGUUAAACAUGGACCAGGAGAAUUCUACUGUCAUGUACAGAGUGAUGGGAAGGUCAGGGUUGAAGGUGUGACGUCAACUGGAGGGAAAAUAGUCGAAAAAUACUCUCGAGUGUUUGAGAUGAAGAUCCAGCAGCAAUGUCCAACUGGUCCAUUUACCCUCUUUUUCACCCUUCCAGGGCCCGUUGACCCUAAUAAGUUUUUUCCCACUUUCAGAUCUGAUGCUUAUGGGGAUAUGCUCUUGUCUGCUUGA